GCCACAGUCAGAAUUCAGAGUGAGCACAGCAGGAGAAUAGUUUGCACUGACCUGAAGUGAGUAUGUCUCUCAGGGAUCCACCAUAUGAACCUCCUUCGGUCUCAGACCUGCAGUCGUUCCUGCUGGCCGACAGACGGCCUACUGGACAUGUCAACCAAGUCUGGCCAAACCUUUACAUAGGCAACGAGGUGGCGGCUCGUGACAAGGGCAUGCUCUACAGUCUGGGCAUUACUCACAUUGUAAAUGCUGCUCAUGGACCCCGAAAUCCCAGCCCUGGAUACUGUUACUACGUCAACACCGGCCCACGUUUCUACAGAGACAUGACAGUGGAUUAUUAUGGGGUGGAGGCUGAUGAUGCAAUAGACUUCAUGCUGAGCCCUUUCUUCUACCCAACAGCACGAUACAUCAGAGCUGCACUGGCCAUGGGAGGACGAGUCUUUGUGCACUGUCUGAUGGGUGUGAGCCGCUCUGCAACCUUAGUGCUGGCCUUCCUGAUGAUUGUCGAGGGCCUGAGGCUGCAGGAGGCAGCUGCUACCGUCAGGACACAUAGAGACAUCUGCCCCAACUCAGGCUUCCUGCAGCAGCUCCGCAGCCUUGACAUGAGACUGGAGAGAGAGAGAAGGAGAAGACAACAGGCCCAAACACUGUAAAGACACACAUAGACAGACACAAAGCCAUAAACAUCAACAAAUGCUCACAAAUACAGACAUGUUUAU